ACCUCUGGUUUAGCAGCAAGCCUCUUCACAUCAUCGGCGGGAAGGCAAGGCGAAUACACGUACGACGAUCGAUGAUCAACGGCAGCUGGCCCACAAUUACGAAGAGAGCUCGCCACCGAAUCGGCGAUCGGCUCAGCGAGCUGCCCGAACAUGUCCUCCGCCGCAUCCUCUGCUUCGUCGACUCCAAAACCACCGUCCGAACAAGCCUCCUCUGCCGCCGUUGGAGAUCCGUCUGGAAAGGCGUCCCUGCCCUCAAUCUCAACAGACGUUCCUUCCACAGCUUCCCUAGCUUCAGCCAAUUCGUCUCCCGCAUCCUCUCCAGCCGUUACGACUCCGCCGGGGUCGAGGAGAUUUCCUUCCAAUUGCAACUGGACAAGUGGGCCGAGAUGUUCAUCGAUGCGGAGUUGAUGUACGGGACGCUCUUCGACUACGCCGCGUCGCACGGGAACCUCCUGCGCUUGCGCGCAGUCAAUUGCGACCCAGAAAAUGUCUGGAAGUUCUUUGUACCGAAGGCGUAUGCUUUCAGAACCCUCGUCACUCUGCACCUGGAGGCGUAUGGUGGGCGCCUGCCCGGCCCGCUCAGCGGCCGGGUCGACCCUUUCGUGGAUUUCCCCUGCCUGAGGGAUUUAACCUUGGUGCGAUGGUACUGGAUGGUUGAUGACGGCGGCUUGCCGGCUCCCGUGAGAAUCUCCGGGAUCCAAUUGCGGAAUCUCACCAUUGAGGAUGUCCCGUCAGAGGUGGAAAUAUUCGCACCGAAUCUCGAGUCCUUGUGCUACAAGGAUGUGGUGUGGCGUUCGGGGUUUGGUGACGCACAUAUGCCUUCCCUCGAUCGCGCUUGUGUCCGAAUCUCCGGCCGUCGUCAUCUUGCUAAUUCCAAGGAUAGGAAUGGGGGUCGGUUGAUAACUCCGGUAAGAGUGGCCGCUGGGAGGUUGAUGAAAUUGUUUGAUGGGUUGGCGAGUGCAAGAACACUUGAACUACAUUCGGAUACCUUCGAGGUAGGUAAUCUAUUUUUACCUAGGAGUAACUGAUGAACUGAUCUAUUAUAUACUAUCUAAUCAUAAAAUUGUAAAUACUUGUUUUUGAAAUUGCAGCGAGCAAGUUUAAGAAAUACAAACAAAUCGU